GCUGUGGUGGGGAUCAGCUGACUGAUCAGGUGGUGUUUGGAGUGAUUGUGUCACCGAUUCCCGGCACGGUACCGUUUGGUCUGGAGACAUGGGCUCUUUCAACGAACUCUACUUUAACGUGGAUGACGGUUACCUGGAGGGGUUGGUGAGAGGUUUCAAGGCCGGCAUAUUGUCGCAGGGCGACUACCUGAACCUGGUGCAGUGUGAGACCUUGGAAGAUCUGAAACUCCAUCUCCAGAGCACCGACUAUGGCAACUUCCUGGCAAACGAAGCCUCUCCACUCACUGUGUCAGUAAUUGAUGACAAGUUGAAGGAGAAGAUGGUGGUUGAAUUCAGGCACAUGAGGAACCAUGCCUAUGAGCCACUGGCCAGCUUUCUUGACUUUAUUACGUACAGCUACAUGAUCGACAACGUAAUUCUCCUGAUAACUGGAACAUUACAUCAGCGAUCCAUUUCUGAACUGGUUCCAAAGUGCCAUCCCUUGGGCAGCUUUGAACAAAUGGAAGCUGUGAACAUUGCUCAGACACCAGCAGAACUCUAUAAUGCCAUCUUGGUUGAUACUCCUUUGGCUGCAUUUUUCCAGGAUUGUAUAUCUGAACAGGACCUUGAUGAAAUGAAUAUUGAAAUUAUUCGUAACACACUAUACAAGGCAUAUCUUGAAUCAUUUUAUAAGUUCUGCAAGACUUUGGGAGGUACAACUGCUGAUGCAAUGUGUCCUAUUUUGGAGUUUGAAGCAGACAGGCGGGCUUUCAUCAUCACCAUAAACUCUUUUGGGACGGAGCUGUCUAAAGAAGAUCGAGCUAAACUGUUCCCUCAUUGUGGAAAACUUUAUCCUGAAGGACUUGCUCAGUUAGCUAGAGCUGAUGACUAUGAGCAGGUGAAGACAGUGGCAGACUAUUACCCAGAAUACAAACUACUUUUUGAAGGAGCUGGCAGCAAUCCUGGAGACAAAACCCUCGAGGAUAGAUUUUUUGAACAUGAGGUUAAACUGAACAAGUUGGCAUUCCUAAACCAAUUCCACUUUGGCGUCUUCUAUGCAUACGUGAAACUUAAAGAACAGGAAUGCAGGAAUAUUGUGUGGAUUGCAGAAUGUAUCGCACAGAGGCACAGGGCCAAGAUUGAUAAUUACAUUCCGAUCUUCUGAAGUCCUGAUUGACUACUGAUACAUGAUAUGUUAAUUGCAUUGAUCGCCCUGCACUGUUUCUAAUUAAGAAUGUUUUCAUGUGUAAAACGUGUAUUGAGUUUCCUGGAUGUAUUCCACAUAUUUCAGUUUUAUUUAAAAGGCAUUAUUGACAAUCUAAUGUGUAAUCUUUCUUGAAAUUACAUUAAGACAUUGAAACUCCAAAUCCUUGUGAAUACUUCAGAAGAAUUUUAAUUAUGGUAAUCUCAGUGGGAUUUGCAAGUGGUUUUGCUAUGUUCAAAACCAUUGCUAUUUUCUCUAUUUAAUUGUAGUGAUUGUUUUUUAAACCUGAUGUUUCAAUUGUGUGGCACACUAGCUUAUGGCAACGUUACUAUUCUCUGAGUGCAUAAAAAAAAUCUUUAUUGAAGUCAUGUUUGUGUCCUGAUUGCUGCACAGUCAAGGUGAAUAGCUGGAUCAGGAGGUCAGUGUUACCUUUUCAGAUAUUUCAAUGUGCUAUAUUUCCAGCAAAUACACCAAAUAGCAUUGGGGAAGUGAAAGUUGGCUUUUGUGUUGAAGCCAAUUGUCAGAUCUUUUUCUUUCAGAAUUGAUUUUGGAGCAUUUAUUUCUGCAUGUGGCAUUUUGGCAUUACUCCAGCAUUCAUGCUAAACUGUUUACAUUGAGAAAAAGAUUGCUUGCUUAACCCAUGUUCACUGUAGCAGUUUUGCUUGAAAUCUUGAAGUAUAAAAUGGGAAUUUUCAGAAUGGUAGAUUCAUGAAUAUGCACCUGUAAUUUCUGUGCUGUUAGGUAAUUCAUGCUAACUGUUUUGUGUAAUAAUUAGGAUAUAUUCUGAUUAACCUGAGACUAAAAGCUAAUCCUGUGAUUUGUUGACAACUGUAUAUUGUAUAUCUGAUGAGGUUCUUUAACAACAGAUGUAUUUAGUUAAAUAUUUUAUUGUGAAACCGAUUUUGGUCCAGAUGUUCAAAAAUGCAUUGAACAGUUCCAGAUUUAGUUUUUCAUUUCUUUUUGUUUAUUCUAAAUGUGCUUCUUUGAAGACAGGUCAAUAAAUCUUUCCUAAUUACCGUA